AAGCUCUUUCCUCCAUUAUAUGUCCUUGACCAGGAACUGAAUACAAACUGUCAUUCGACCGAAUGGCGGGCCGCGUGUGCGUGGAGAUGUUCAGACUUUUGGUGUUUACAGAUAUUUUAUUUAUGUCUGCUGCCCUGAACACACAUAUGCACAACGUUGCACUGGACAAAGUAUGUAACAUCAGUUCUCGGCAUGUAAAUCGGGAGAAUUUACCCUCAGGGAAUUGCUCAGCAGCUAUCAAUGGAAACACAAAUACUGUCUUAAAUCUGUCUAUAACUCCGCCAAACUGCAUCCACACAGCGUUAAACGACUCUUCACCCUUCUGGUGGGUGGACCUGAGACUGAAGGUCGCCAUCAGUGUCAUCGCGAUCUACGGACGGACAAACUUUACAGAAAGAAUGAUCUGCGUUAAUGUUUUUCUUGAUGGAAACGUCGUUAAGAGAUUCAAUGACAUGAGCGAGUGGAGGAACAAUCAGUAUAACAUCUCAGUGGGUCGUAUUGGGCAAGUGGUCAACAUCACCAAGGACUGUGAUACUAAAGAGGUUAUGAUCAACUUUUGUGAGGUACAGGUGUGGGUUUGUGACGACGGUUGGUAUGGAGACAACUGUACACAAGCCUGUGGACGCUGUGCUGGUGGCUCUGUCUGUGACAAGAUCAACGGCAGCUGUACAUCUUGCGAUACAGGCUUCCAGUUACCAACGUGUACAGAGUGUGCUAAGGGUCGGUACGGAGAUAACUGCACACAGACAUGUGGUUACUGCUCUAAUGACUCCACCUGUGACAAAGUGAACGGAAGCUGUGGAUCCUGCAAACUUGGUUACCAGCUACCUCUUUGUAAAGAAUGUUCUGAUGGUCGGUAUGGAGUCGACUGCUCACAGACUUGUCGUCAUUGCAGUAAUAAUUCAGUCUGUGACAAUAAGACAGGCAGCUGCUUACCCUAUGACACAGGAUUUAACCCACCACUUUCUAAGAAAAACGUUGCACUGGACAAAUUAUGUAACAUCAGUUCUCGGCAUGUAAAUCAGGAGAAUUUGACCUCAGGAAACUGCUCAGCAGCUAUCAAUGGAAACACAAACACUGUCUUAAAUCUUUCUAUUACUCCGCCAAACUGCAUCCACACAGCGUUAAACGACCUUUCACCCUUCUGGUGGGUGGACCUGGGACAGAAGUUCGCCAUCAGUGUCAUCACGAUCUACAGACGGACAAACUUUAUAAACAGAAUGAUCUGCGUUAAUGUUUCUCUUGAUGGAAAAGUCCUCAAAAGAUUCAGUGAUACGAACGAGUGGAGCAACAGUCAGUAUGACAUCUCAGUGGGUCGUAGAGGGCGAGUGGUCAACAUCACCAAGGACUGCAGCAGUGACGGGUUCAUGAUCAACAUUUGUGAGGUACAAGUGUGGGUGUGUGACAACGGUUGGUAUGGAGACAACUGUACACAAGUCUGUGGUCACUGUGGUGGUGACUCCUUCUGUGACAAGAAGACCGGCAGCUGUACGUCCUGCCAGACUGGCUUCCAGUUACCCUUGUGUAGAGUAUGUGCAGACGGUUGGUAUGGAGACAGCUGUACUCAGACAUGUGGUCAUUGUGCUGACAGCUCUGUGUGUGACAAAGUCAACGGCAGUUGUACUUCCUGUCAGACAGGCUUCCAGCCACCACUUUGUCAAGAGUGUGCUGACGGGUGGUAUGGAGCCAACUGUACACAGACUUGUGGUAACUGUUUUGCUUCUGUCUGUAACAAGGUGUCUGGCAACUGUACAUCCUGUAAAGUAGGGUUUCAGCAACCACUAUGUAAAGAGUGCGCUGGUGGAUGGUAUGGCGGUAACUGUACCAAGACUUGUGGUAACUGCGCAGCUGGCUCUUUCUGUGACAAUGUCAACGGUACCUGUGUCUCCUGCAAAACAGGUUUCAAUCCUCCAUUUUGUACAGAAUGUCAAGACGGUUGGUAUGGAAACAGUUGUGCUGAAACGUGUGGACACUGUAUGGGAGGUAACUCUACAUGUCACAAGACCAACGGGAGUUGUCCUUCCUGUGACGGUGAAUUUCAAUUACCUCUGUGUAAGGAGUCGAUGAAAUUAGACCAAACUAAAUCCAGCGGUGCUCCUGUCGGUUCCAUCGUUGGUCCUGUCUUGGCUGUAAUUGUUGCUGCAGUCGUUGUAGUGAUCGUCGUUGUCUGGCUGAGGCGUCGACAUCAAGCAAAAGGAAAUCCAUCUAGACUAAUGAGAGGAAACACGGACAACAGAGAUGAUGACAUAAAAAAUGUCGAUGGAAGAACAGGAAACAAGCCGGUAGCACCCGUUAAGCCUCAGAUGCACCCCAAAUACGAGGCCAGUGAUACUCAUCUCUACGGCAACUUGUGUGAAGAUACCCCGAACAAUGUUCAGUCGACCUCAGUAAUGACUUCUGUAAACACAACAAAUGGUGGUGAUGAAAAUGCUAAAUCAUAUAAAUCUCAGGCGACGAAAGAAAGGACCGACAACAGAAUAUAUGAGAAUGUCGACUUAAAGACAAAUCCUCCCACCACGUCCGACGACACCAAUUAUAAAAAGUCAUCAAAACUGGAUACAGAAAGGGAAACCAAGGACCCUACAGAUGAGGAAGAGGAGAGCAUCUACAACACAGAGGACAUCUACGCCUCCUACCGCUCACUGGGGCCCUCGUCAAUACUCGAUGAUCUCCAGAAGUCCUUGCUGGCCAGCCUGGCAUCUGGAAAACUAGGAAUGGAGUUUGCGGAAUUUAGCAAAGACAUGCAGCAUCCUCACGAAGAUGGUUCGAAACCUGAGAACCGAAACAAGAAUCGCUUUAAGGCGCUGUGUGCCUAUGAUCAUUCUCGAGUUGUUCUUCGUUGGCCAAAAGGAGACAAUAACUCAGAUUACAUCAACGCAAACUACAUUAAGGGGUGCAAGCAGGACAAAGCAUACAUCGCUACACAAGGUCCUCGCUCCAACACUGUGAGCGACCUGUGGUGGAUGGUGUGGCAGGACAAUGUCACGCAGAUCAUUAUGUUGACAAAUCUUAAAGAAGGCGGCAAGGACAAGUGUGAAGAGUACUGGCCGCCAGUCGGCACAACAAAGACUUAUGGUCACGUGACAGUGACAGCCUUAAAAACAGACAGCAGGGCAGACUUCGUCAUCCGACACUUUGUGGUAGAGAAUAAAAAGGGCGGUGACCAGCGGACGGUAUCUCAGUAUCACUACCUGGUGUGGCCUGACCACGGGGUGCCGUCCACCUACUCGCUGGUCAGCUUCUGGCGCUACGUCAAGGCACGUGCACAGGGGGCUACACCUGUCGUGCACUGCAGCGCUGGUGUGGGACGCACAGGCACAUACAUCGCCUUAGACAUCGCCGCAGACUUGAGGUCACGUGGGCGGGACGUGAACGUCAAAGACAUCGUCAGUGGACUACGUGAAGACAGAACACUCAUGGUCCAGACUGAAGAACAGUACAAGUUCCUCCAUGAAGUCAUUCUUGAAGAACAUACCAGCCAUGGCACCAGGAUGACCUUUGAUCAGUUUGACAUUGUGUUUCCCAGCAAAAUCGAUGGCCAUAACUCCAGGAUAGACAUGGAAUUUAAGCUCCUGAAGGAAAUGGGACAGUUUGUUUUGAAACCAAAACAUACAAUCGCUGAGUCAAAAGAGAACAUUCUUAAAAACAGGGACACAGAAUUACUCCCAGAUGACAGCCAUCUGGUGUACCUCAUGGACCGCGUUCCUGGGAGAAAUCAGUACAUCAACGCCAUCUAUGUGUCGUCGUUUAGGAAAUCGCAAGGGCUGAUUCUGACUCAGCUUCCCUUGCCGGACACCGUGGUAGACAUGUGGCGCAUGAUUGACGGAUGGGACGUCAACACCAUUGUUUCUCUCGGACACAGAAACCAGAGUAAAUCAGUCAAGGGCUACUGCCACUACUGGCCUAAAAUUGAAAAGGAAGUGCUUGAAACGGGACAACACACAAUCCAGCUAAUUUCUACCUCUACACUUGGAGAUCAUCUUACCUUUUAUAACCUGUCUCUCAUGACCAAGACAAAUACCCCAAGAAGGAUUCGAGUUAUGUACUAUGAUGACUGGGCAGGCGUUGUCCCAGGGAGCACCUCCGACAUUCUUCAAUUGAUGGACGAUCUUGGAUCACUGCAUGCUGACGAGGACACAUCACCUGUAGUUGUGCAGUGCAAUGACGGUAUGACAAGAAGUGGAAUGUUCUGUGUACUGUAUGAAGUCAUCAACCGGGCCAGACAUGACCAGGAGAUAGAUGUCUACCUGUCUGCGCGGCACGUUCAAAGCAGAAGACCAAAAGCCAUCACUACCGAGGCGCAGUAUCGUUACUGCUACCAGGUCGCACAAGAGUGCAAGCGUCAAGAAAGUAUUUAUCAGAACACGUGAUCAGUCUAGCGGUUUCUUACAUGCUAUACACCUGAUGUGUCCUGGAAUAAAAGUCUCUGAAGAAAUGAAGAUCCAGAUGUGCACUAUGAUGCUUUGGGCUUCCUACUUUGUUUGGUUUACAAACUCUUUAUUAUGACGUUGUGUACAAAUUAAGUUCAGUGGAACAUUUCAGCUUUUUCUGCUUUUUGUGCAAUAUAUGCUCUCGCUCAUUUGACAGCACUCCCGAAUUGUGCCUUUAUGAACGCAAGUUCUAGUUCCAACUUUCUUACAUUUGAUAUUAAAAAUAGUUCUGUUUACACAUGGAUGUAUUGGUCGACUUUUCCCCCAACAUCAAAGAAACGUGUCCGUGUAUGCUCUUCAGAUAAGCUCCAUCACUUAUUCAAAUAAAGUACUUUCCAGCUUGUACAUUAUCACUUCUAUUUUUCUCAUUUGCAAGAGUAAAAUAUACAGUUACACUUACUAAAAAAACUGUAAGUGCAAAGUAUUGGUUAACUUAGCACUAAGUUGAGCUAAAUAAGAUACCCCAGAAAAGUUAUGUGCACCUGACAACAGUGUUUUAAUGUUGUGUUCAUUCUUUAUUGCAGAGCUUAAUUGCAUUUUGUAGAUGGUGUAAAACUGUAACAAGGGGGUUGGGGGGAGUAGGGACUGCUUGCCCAGUCUCCCAUUUCUCAACACAGUCAUGAGUAUAGACAACUUCCGUGUGUGCGUCAGGCCCUGUCCACCCCAGGCGACCGAAAAUUGUUUUGUAUAUGUUUACGAUCUUGUUUUUUAAGUACUGCAUUUUCUCAACUACACUUUUAAUAUUUUAAUUUUUGAUGGUAGUGCAUGUUUUAUAUUUGAAGAAUUUUGGCAUUUUUAUGCUAAAUUAUGUAUAUUUUUGUUUUUGAACACAAACUGACUAAAGAUGCACCUUUAGGUGUCAUUUAUAGAUUUUUUUUACCUUCACUUCAAAGAAAAUAAGUUGCAGUUGGAUAUGAUAUCAGCUUUAAAUUCCUUAAAUGCAUAAUUUAUUCUAAAAUCUUCUCUAAAUCAUCUAAUGAACUGCUUUUCUUAUGAUUUUCACCACAGUUUAUUUUAAAAUAAAAUGUGAUUUGAUUAUAUUAUUGAAACUUGCAACAUCUAUAUUCAAUACAUUAAACCAUUGCAUUCAAUGUGUGCAACAUUUAUCCAUUUAAUAUUUAUAUGCACCAGUAAAAUAUACAAAUACCAAUAAUUUAUCUACAAAAUAUGCAAUAUAUACACACACACACACAACUGAUAUCUAUCCAAAAAAUGUGCUACAUUGUUUUCCAAAAUCUAAAUUAUUACUCCCCUUUCUCAUGACACAAGCCUCUAAUCAUAACCAUUAUCAAAGUCAUGAUGUUAUUAUGUAUAUGAAUAUGCCUAAUUAACCUAUACCAUAUACUUGGUCUCUAUCACCUUUUCGUUGUGGGUUUGACAUUUGUCUUUAUAUUCUUGAUGUUUGGGCAUUUGAACUCUGUCUCUUCAUAAUAGAGUCUCAAGUCCCACUUGAAUUUUAUUCCCCUUCCUCUUCAAACUGUGUCUCAAAAAUAUUUUUGUUUAAAUAUAAAUAUUUACCUUGCAAUAAACAAAAGUACCAAUCUGCACACUC